AAGUUUGUACAACACGUGGUGUAAAGGGUACAAAGUUAUCUAAAUUCAGCUGUACCAUGCGAUAUUUCGUGGCCUCCUCUGCCAGCAAAUGCUUUUAAAUAGAAUUUUAUGUUUGAUACCAAUGAACUUAUCUUUAUUCCGUCAAGUUUAUAUCUGGCUUCGCUUGUUUUAUCACGCAACCCGUCCCAUGCAUGUUCAGGCCCAUUCUGUAAAUAUUUGACCUGCCAAUAACAAUAAUCACCGUAAUUACAAGCGAACAGAAAGGAGUACUUCACACGAACAAAAGCUACUUUCGUUUUCUCGGAAUCAGAGCGACACCUAGUGACGAGGGUCAUUCAGUCGUAGUUCUGCAGCAAGACGACACCGGUCUGUCCUCGUGCGGCCAAGCUUGCUGAUCACAUCUCUACAUGAGUCGCCGACAAAUAGAGGGACGACAUAAUCCACAGAAAACAUUGGUUUGGCACGCGACAUGGCGGCCUAGUAGUGUCUUCACGGAACCAUGCUGGACACCAGCUGAACGAAGAUCCACAAUGAAAUGACAAGUUCUUCAUAAAUAAAGGAAAAGAUGGAUGACUCGUUUGAAGACUCGGAGGGUGAGGAACUGGAGCUUAUCCGGCCCGGUCUUAUCCAUGAACUACGCAAUGUGCUGGCCGAAUACCCGGAUGAUGGUCAGAUCCUCAAGGAAAUGAUACAAAAUGCUGAGGAUGCAGGAGCGAGCAGCGUGAAAAUCCUGGCGGAUCAUCGGGUGUUUCACAGAGACGUGGACGCAAAAAUAAUAAAGAAGCACCCCCAUCUGAAGUUCUUUCAGGGUCCAGCACUCUGUGUGUACAACAAUGAGCAAUUUACAGAAAAUGACUGGAAGGGGAUUCGUAUGUUACACACCAGUCUAAAGGAGAAAGACCCGCUCAAGGUCGGGCGAUUUGGUUUAGGAUUUAAAUCCGUGUUUCACCUGACAGAUCGCCUGGUGAUCAUCAGUGGAAAGUUUAUUUUGUACAUGGACCCUUUCAAAGGUGCGGACAGGUAUUGUAGUCGCAAAAGUCUGGUAGGGUUAAAGGGCAGAGAACUGGAAUCUAUUACUCACUGUCUUGAUGCAGUGUUUCUCUCGGGAUCUCCUCAGUCACUUGACACAGUGUUCCACUCUCAAUCCGGAUUCUCAGGCACACUUUUCUGGUUUCCUCUCAGACGGCAGAAGAGCGAUUUAUCUGACACUCGGUAUACAGAGGACAGUUUGAAAGAUCUUCUACAGGCUUUUAAAACAGAAGCAAGCUCCACGCUCAUCUUUCUAAAGAACUUAGAGAGGAUCGAACUGUUUAUCAGAGAUGACGAAGGGACGAAGCCGGUAUUUACAGUACAGUUGUCAAAGGAGUGUAUGAAUACGGUGAGGGACGACAGGUCCGCGUUCAAGACCAGCAUCCGAGCGGCCGUUGAAGACCUUCCCAUGGCGCCGGUGUGUUGCCGGUCAGAGAUCGAGGUCAUGAUGUCUGACCUUGACCCCAGCAGUCAGUCCCAGCAUCAGGAGCGGUGGCUGGUGGUCAACUACCACGCGGGUAGGGAGCAGGCGAGUCAUCAACUGCUGAAGCUGUGCGGAGACCCGAACCUGUGUUAUCAGCCCUACGUGGGGGUAGCCAUGCCUCUGGGAGGCCAGCAAAGCUUUCAAAGUCACCUCUUCUGUUUCCUGCCGUUACCCCUGGAGACAAAAAGUCCCACGGGACUGCCUGUACACGUCAACGGCUUCUUUGCUUUGAGCCAGAACCGCCGCCAUAUUAAGUGGCCCACAGCCGACCAACUGCGCAACGGAGCUCACAUGGAGCCUGCGCUUACCUGGAACUGUCUGCUAGUCAAAGAAUUGCUUCCCUUGGCGUAUUUGGCCCUUCUUUACAGGCUCAAGGAGAUUUAUAACAAAAACCCAGACGAAUUCUACAAAGCAUGGCCAGAUGUGACUGCUGUGGACGACCGAUGGCAGCCGCUGGCACGAACACUUUUACAGAGAUUAUCCCAGGAAGCAUUUUUUCACACCUUAGUGCCGACAGACACCUGGAUUCCCCUGUCUCAAGCUGUGUUGCAGAAUUUCCCAUCACCAGUAGAACCAGACGUAGAGCGAGCCGUCAUACACAUCUACACCAUCAACAGAGAGAGCGUCGUCCGGUUACCACGUCACGUGAUGUCGGGGCUCGAGCAGUUCUACUUGCUGACUGCGGCACAAAGUGUCACGCCCAACCAUGUCAGCAGCCUGGUCCUCACUCACCACCAGCAGCUCAACGACACAGAUAAACUGCUGCUGUUGCAGUAUCUCUGUAGUCAUGGCAAUGACCUGCAGUUACUGCUUGACCGGCCUCUGCUUCCCCUUCAGGACGGAACAUUUGGUGUCUUCCGUCGCAGUGGAGCCGAAAUUUUCUGGUGUGAGGAGCAAAUUCAGUCACUAUUUCCUGGUCUGGAAAACGUGAUGUGCAGCAGCCGGGUGCCGGUGACCGUUAACAACCACCUUAGACGUAUGGCAGAGUCGGGUCUCUUUCUCCUGAAGAUCGUAGACACGACAAGCGACGAUGUACCGAGGUUGAUGGCGAUGAGCAUACAAAGGAGAUUCGGACCUUCCUCCGUCAGACUUUCAUCGCAUGACGACUGGAUCCGACAAGUAUGGACUUUCCUUCAAAGGACAGCACCAUGGAAUACUGAUCUCUCUGCAUUAUGUCACUUAGAUAUAUUGCCGAGUGUAGAAGGAUCCCAGGUAGCUCUUCUGCCACUAAAAGGUAACUACGUUAGCCUUUCUUCCCCAAGGGUGGCUGAGCUGAAUACACACAUGGUCAACUCUCUCUCAAAACUUGGCAUCACGGUUGUUUCACUGCCACCGUAUGUUUCUGGUCACAAGCAGAUCCUGGGUGGUCUCGUCCAGUACCCGACUACAAACGGGAUUUUAGCAGCACUUGAAGAGCUCAGCAAGAACUUGUUAGCACGUGAGAAAGGAGAAUCUGAUUUCAACUCAUCAUCAUCAGAGGAAGAAAGAAAGUCAAUCAGAAUGUUCAUCACAAAUGCCAAACAUCUAGACCCGCAAAGAGUGAGUGUUCUGACAGGUUUAACACUGUUCACCGAGAUGGGCAGCAGACGGUUGGUCUCAGUGAGAGAGGUGAACACCAUUGGGCCACGUGACGCGCCUCCAGUUGGACCCCCGCGUUCUCUUCUGGAGUAUGAUGAGUCCUCCAGAUCAGCUGCCUUAACGAUUGGGGCGUCUGAAGUCACCUUAAACAACAUUGCUGAAGAAAUACUGCGAUGCAUGUAUCGGGGAGAAUAUAGAGAUUCAGAUAGAAAACUUUUCAUGAAAUAUUUUCUCAACCAUUCACAAUUAAUGUCCAACCAAAAGCUAACUACUAUGGCAAGAGAAGUUCAGUUCCUACCAACAUCAUCUGGGACCCUACACAAAGCAGAGGAUCUAUAUGACUGUGAAAAGCCAGUUUUGAGAGAAUUGUUUCUCGAAGAAAACCUGUUUCCUUGUGAGGAGUUUGCACAAUCCAAGUUUAUUUCACAAUUAAAGAAAUUAGGACUCCGCGAUGAAACUUCAAUAAAAGACGAUGAUCUGACAUCAGCUGCACAGCGCAUCCAAGACCUACUAGCACAAGGAGACCGAGUAACUGCAGGUAGGAAGGCUGAAGGCUUGUGGACCCUGUUGUUGAGUCAAGGACAUUUGUUUACUAAUCUCGGUAGACUAGCCAAGAUACAAUGCAUUCCGUGUCUCCAGCAUCAUCAAAAGCCGUCAGACUAUCCAACGAGUUUACCUCUUCAAUCUACUCCUGCCAUUGUCAGUCCCUGUGAAAUGGCUCUUUACACAGAUCUCGUGUAUUGUGGAUCCGUUAGAGCUGUUAUGAGGUCAGGAAUGUCCAAGGAUGUUGCUGAGAAGCUAAUGGUUGUAAGAGAAUUGACUUCUCAAGAUGUUCUCAGCCAUCUGCUGAACGUUGUUCGUUGCUAUAACACUAAAGAAUCGCCUCAUUACAAACUUAUCUUGCACAGAGUAUUUGAGAGGCUGAAUAGAUGGAGAUCAGAGUCGAGUGUCUGUCAGUUUUUGAAAGAAAACGACUGUGUGUUCGUCGAGUCUGUAGGUCACUUUGUUAGACCAACACAGUUUUGGAUACAUAAGAGGGAUGAAGACAUAGACUUGACUCCAUACAGAUUUCCUGUAACCACUGAGAUGUCAAACGUCUGUGAUCUCUUUCAACGAUGUGGCAGCUCUGAGUACCAAGACGACCAACUGCUGCAAGAAGUUUUGAACGAGAUUAAGGCAAAGCAUGAGAGUGGACCUGUUUCUAAAACUGAUUACACUAAAGACAUGAGACUUGUCAAGCAGAUUCUUGAUAUCCUUAGGCAAAGUGAAUCAGCAAGAAGUGGCGAGGUCCUUGUUCCCAUCAGCCACGAGCAACAAGAUGUUCUGCAGUUCCGUUGCGCAAAGGACUGUACAAUAUGGACAGAGUCAUCGUCCACCGUCUUUGCACUGGAAAGUAAUGAAGAUGAAGAGAUCGUCUUUGUACACAGUGAGAUUUCUAGAGAGACGGCCUUACAGCUGGGGGUUCUUCAGAUGAAGGACCGAGCUCUGACGGGAAUAGAAGAUCUGGACUUUGGUUACGGGCAGCACGAGGAGCUGACUGAUCGGCUGCACAGCCUUCUAAAGGACUCGUACACUGACGGCUUUUCUGUGCCCAAAGAACUCAUCCAGAACGCAGACGAUGCAGGAGCGACGGAGGUGAAAUUCCUCUUGGACGAGCGUGAGAACAUGGAUGCACGGACAAACCUGAUCAACGAGCAAAUGGCUUCACUACAGGGGCCUGCAUUGUGGGCAUUCAACAACGCCAUGUUUUCUGAUGAAGACUUCCAAAAUAUUGUCAGACUUGGAGCAGGUACUAAGACAGACGAUGGAACAAAAGUGGGAAAGUUUGGACUUGGAUUUAACUCUGUGUACAAUCUAACGGAUGCCCCCAGCUUUAUCAGUCGCCACACCAUGGCCAUCUUUGAUCCUCAAGUCAAGUACCUUAAAGGAUCUGGGCUCAAAUUGGACUUCACAAAACCUAUCAAUCGUGCACUUAUCGUCAGAAUGCCAGAGCAGUUUAAACCAUUUCAGGGUGUUUUUGGCUGCAGUCUGCACAGGGAACAGAAAGUGCAAUACGAUGGAACUUUAUUUAGGUUUCCCUUAAGAACACAUGAUCAGGCCUUAGAGAGUAAAAUCAAGAAAGAAGCAUAUUCUGAGAGUAAAAGACAGGAAUUUCUCAAACUCCUGAUGGAGAGAGCCGGAAAUCUCUUGACGUUCACCCAACACGUCGAAAAACUUGAGAUUUAUUAUCAAUCCAGCAAAAGUAAAAAUCCAGCUGAUGCCACAUGUCUUUUAACUUUAAACCGCAGUUCUAGCAGAAGAAUCUUUGCUCCUCUCUGCUCUGAAGUGAAGGAAAGUGUUGUACAGUUCACAGCAAAACACUGGCCUGAGACUAAAGAUUUGAGAGUAAACGAAGACAUUAUUUUAGAAAUGAAAAUCACAAAUGAAGCAAAAGACCACUUUGGCAUGAGUCCCAUUCAGUGUCAAACCAAAUGGAGGAUUAGUUGGGCUUCUGGUGUCAACGAGUCUGCAAAUUUAGCCGAUAAGUACAAAAGAAAAAAAUACAUUCCUCUCGCUGCAGUUGCUAUUUUGUUGAGAGACGGACACAUAACAUCAUUAUCCGAAAGUCCAUUUGGUUUCUACAAGUCGGGCCAUGUCUUUUGCUUCCUGCCUUUGCCGGAAGAAACGGUUCGCCUGGUCAUGCCAGUCCACGUUAAUGGAACCUUCGCAUUGACCUCCAGUCGUCGUGGUCUUCUUGCCAAGACGGAGGAUGACGUGUCCAAUGUACAAGGGGAUGAAUGGAACAGGGCUCUGUUUGCAGACCCUGUAUGUCGUGCAUACAUAUUACUUCUGGAAAGCCUUCACGAGGAAGCUAUGGCUGAUGAAAAUUUUCAGCAGUAUUUUCAGUUAUGGCCGAGGGCAGAAGGCGAACCAAGCCUGAUGAGACAUUUCUACAGCCAUCUGGUGAAUAAAGAGAACAAAUUACUUCCUGCACCACGAACAAACUCCUGGGUAUGUUUCAGGGAUGCUCGGUUUAUGGAUCCAGACUUAAAAGCAUCUGAUGUUGGUGAGAUCGCAUGGGAUGCCCUCAACUACUUUUGGAAUGAAAAAGGAAGUCUUUUGGUGCAAGUGUCUGUUGAUGUAUUUCAGCAGAUGGUAGCAGCAGGACAAGAGGAGUCGCUAAGAGAGAGAACAAUAACUCAGUUUGCAUUCUACAAGGACUUUUUCUUUCCCAACAUAGGCGACAGUAACUACUGGACAAGUGAAAAUAGAGACAAAUUAGUAAUGCAUGCUCUGAUGAAUGUUGAUUCUAAAAUCGUAGAGCUAGUUAGGCAUUCUUGUUGCAUACCCUGCGUCAGCAGCAACGAACUGAAGUCCCCGAAGGACUUGAUUCAUCCAGAUGGCAAUGCCGCAAAACUAUUUUUGGACUCAGAUUGUCGUUUCCCACGAAAUUCCAAGAAUUUUUCUCCAGAUAGCAAAAGAGAUGUAAACUUCUGUUCCAACGAAUGUUUGGCAAGGCUUGUUACACUUGGAAUGAUGAAAGAUGAUUUGCCAUGGGAUUUGGUAAUGGAAAGAGCUCAUUCUAUAGGCAGCCUUAUCUCAACAGAUAGUGAUAAAGCCUUGAGACGUACUUCUUUUUUGAUAAAUUACUUGGCGCAUCGUGAGGGUUUGUCACUCCGAAUCGACAAUUGUCCUAAAGAUGUUCUGUCAUCCUUGUCUACCAUAAGCUUCCUACCGAUCUUACGGAAGCCAAAAGACUGGCCUUUUCCAUGGGAAGGUGAUAACACUGACAGAAUGUUAGCUUCUCCAGUAGAGCUAUUUUCUGACAGCCUGAAAGAACUGGUAGCUUGCAAGGUCAAGCUGGUCGAUUUGAAACCUCUCGGAUCGGACCUUUCUUAUUUGAAAAUGAAGGUGUUCCUGUCUCUUGGAAUGACCGUGGAGAAAGAUAAACCCAGCAAACAACUUCUUAAUAUAAUCAUAGGGCAACUCGCUGUAAUUACAGAGGAAUAUAAAAGAAACCCUGAGAUCAACAAAGAGGAAAUCUUACACAUCUGUGAGAGCAUUUAUAAGUAUCUGAGGGACUGUAUUAACGAGCCAGAUGAAACCAUGCAGCAGAUGCUAUGCGACAGUCUAAGUGAUAAAGAGUUUAUUUGGGUUGGGUCUGGUUUUGUCUCUCCAUCCAAAGUAGCUCUUCGUAACAAGUAUAAAUGUGAGUCAUUUCUGUUUGAGCUUCCAAGCGUGUUUUCACACUACGAUAAGCUAUUUAAGGCUGUAGGAGUGAAAGAUGAAUUUGACAUACAGGACAUACUUUUAGUCCUCCAAGGAAUAUACAAACAGAAUGCUGAAAGUUCUAUCUCUGAACAGCUUAUAAGUGUCGUCACUCAGUUAGCAGAACUGUUAUAUGAUGUUGUUCAGAAAACUGGUCAUGGUCAUUUGCAAAAUGAUGCAGACGUGUAUUUACCUGAUCGUCAAGGGUAUAUGCAGCACGCGUCUUGCCUGUGUGUGGACGACUGUGACUGGAUUAAGGAAUCAGGAACAAUGAAGUUUGUCCACGGAAGAAUUUCCUCUGAGGUCGCUCAAGUUCUGGGCGUGAAAACAAAAAGAAUGCGAGACGUUCAUGAGAUAUUCAGUAGCAUUGGUAUCCCCUUUGGUCAACACGAAGAGCUAACGACUCGAAUUACAAGACUGCUGGAUGGCUUCACGUGUGAUUCGUCUAUAUUUUACGAACUCGUACAGAAUGCUGAUGACUCUGGGGCCACGGAAAUCAAGAUCAUCAAAGAUUUCCGUUCCCUUAACACUGAGAGAGUACCAUUAGGAUGGGAGAGCCUUCAGGGUCCAGCCCUUUGUGUGUACAACAACAAGUCGUUCACAGCUGAAGAUAUAAAGGGCAUCCAAAGUCUUGGCGUAGGCAGCAAGCGCGAGGACAUGCUGAAGACAGGGAAGUAUGGCGUUGGUUUCAACGUUGUGUAUCACAUCACUGAUGUUCCAUCCUUCUGGACCCGCGAAGACGAUAAAGACGAGGUUGUCUGUGUUUUUGAUCCUAAUUGCCAGUACAUAGAUAGUGCAACACCCAACAAUGCGGGUACUAUGAUUACGAAGGUCAACCGCCUUCGAGAAAACUACCCAGACAUGUUUGCUGGAUACCUUGAAAACUGCAUCGACAUGAAGCAGUCAGGAACAUUGUUCAGACUUCCUUUACGGCAUGAGGAGAUGGCCAAAAAGUCUCAGAUAAAAAAGAAUAGUGUAAUAGAACAAAGCAAUGUCGUGAGCCUAAUUGAACAGUUCAAAACACAAAUGAGUAUUUGCCUUCUAUUUCUCAACAGCAUUAGAACAAUUGGAAUAUAUACUGUCAGCGACAAUGGAGACUUGCAUCAGGAGUAUGAAGUGAAAAUGACAGUAGACAAUAUUAGUAAUACAGAAAUUGUACAUUUUCAAGAUCAAGUAUCACAGACAGCAAAAGACAUUCAAAACAAAACCUCAGACGUAAAAAGUAUUCAGCCUUUCGAAGUGGUUCUAAAAGCAACCAUUGGUGACUCCAAGGGUUUGUCGGAAGAAUACAUUAUUGUCAGCAAGGCUGGCUUCACUGGCACAGUAACAGUGUCUUCAGAACUGGAAACUGAAUGGCAGAAAGAACACUUCAGAAUCCUUCCUCGUGGAGGAGUGGCUGUUAAGCUGAAAAGCAAACAUCAUAAAGUAAAUUCUCCUCGUGGAGGAGUGGCUGUUAAGCUGGAAAGCAAACAUCCUAAAACAUAUUCACAAAAGCAUCUCGCUUUCUGUUUUCUCCCAUUGCCAGUGGAGACAAAACUUCCAGUUCAUGUCAACGGAAACUUCGCUCUUGAUCAUGAAACGCGGCGAGGUCUGUGGACGAAGAAUGGUGAAGUAAAAACUGAAUGGAAUACACUAUUAGCUCUGCAUGUCAUAGUGCCUGCUUACAUUAGAGCUAUUGAGGCUGUCAAGGAAUUAUGUUUUCAAGAUCGAAAAUCUGAACAAAGAAAGAGAGAGCGGUUGUUAAACUUUUAUCACAACUUGUUUCCAAACCCCAUUGAGGCUCCAUCAGAUUUCUGGAAAAUGUUCGUCACAUUCAUUUAUCGGCAACUUGGUGAGAAAGAAUUGCCUCUUUUUCCAGUCGUUCAGCCAGAUUCCACAAGUAUAGAUUGGGUAGCUGCAGUUAGGAAGGAUGGUUUUUCUGGUUACUUCUCUAAUCUUGAGGCUACGUUUAGAACAAUGUUUCCUUUCACAUUUUCAGUGUCCACUGAGUACGACAUAGCACAAAAGAAAUCACACAAACUAACAACUUUGCUGAAAGAUAUGAACAUGAAGAUAUUAUUUGCUCCAUUCAAAAUACAUCAAUAUUUUGUUAACAGUGGUGUAAAGGAAGUCAAAGAAGUUACACCUGACAAUGUGAUUUGCUUUUUAAAGUCAGCAAGAGACCAUCGAGAAGAUGGAUGUCAUGUGACUGAUCUUCCACAACAUGUUGGUGCCACUCCAUUUAAGACACUCAAAAACAUCGUUCUUCUUCUUACCUAUGUAAGCGAAGCAAAUGAUUUUCUCUGCUGUUUAGAAGGACUGCCUUUAUGUCUCCUCCAGUCGCAGUCUGUUCACUUUUUUGAGAAACUGGAGAAAGAAAAGUUACCUUUCGUAUCAGCAUUUCUAAAUUUGCUUCCGGGUUCACCUGAAAGGUUUGUGCACGAAAGCAUCAUGAAGUUUUUGCCCAUUACUGAGAAGACACAAGACCUGAUGAGAGACCUUGACAUUCCCUCACUGACACUCAUGCUGCCAGGAACAUUUGCAGAAGAACAGUACAAAGCUGGGUGUUCAUGGACUUGCAAGACACAUUCCGUACGAAAUAAAAAUUGGUUUGCAAACUUCUGGGAUUUCAUUGCAACACAGAUUAAAAAAGACGACAAGAUGACUGAUUCUGAAUUCCGGAAAAAAGCUGAUGCAGCCCUAGAAUCGCUGGCUCCAUGGACUCUCAUUCCUGUGGUAAGGAAGACUAAUGGUGCUACUACACAGACGAUGUUGUACCCCGUGAAGGAUUCACAUUUGGUGGUGCAUGUAUCAUCUUCUCAUAACCAAUCUCAUCCCAAAAUGUGCCACAUGUUGUCAAAAUUGCCGCUGCCUCUUCUUGAUAUGGAAUGUCUUCGUGACAACAAUCAACAAAUUCUUGUGGACGUUGUAGCAUCAGUCAGUCACCCUUAUGCCCUGAUGCACGCUUUGACCUCUCCCCUCGGUACCAUGCCAGUCAACAUCGACGAUGCUUGCGAGGUUCUGAGAUAUUUCAGCGACCGUCUGCACGUGCUACAGGAAUACUGCGCCGAUAAAGGAAGUAUCUGCACCAAACUGAAGAAACUUCCUUUCUUCAUUACGGUCAAUGGCGAGGUAGUGCCGCUUGCACAGGACGGAGUUGAGUUCACUGUGUUAAGUCUCUCAGAGGAUGUUCCUUCUGCCGGCCUCGGAGAAUGGUCACGUGUUCAAAGAAAGGUGUUGUUGAAAAGAAGCUGUGUGCCGAACGAGAUAGCACAGUUUUUGUGUUUGUUACAACCUUCUUCUACAGAGUUCUAUGCAAAGUUUUUCUUGCCCGCUGUAGACGCACUUCCUCGGAGCGACAUCCUUGAGCAUAUGACAUACAUUAGAAACAGACUUGAUUAUAUCAACGAAUCUGAAAAAGACCAGCUCGUUGGCCAGCUCAAGGUUACAGCUUUUCUAGAAAAAGAUGGUCGUCUGUACAGAGCCAGCGAGUUCUUCAGUCCCCAUGAACCUGUCUUCCGUGAAUUGUGUGACCGCUCAUCCCUGCCACCGGAGCCGUAUGAUGGAUAUGAAUGGUAUACGCUUAUGAAGGAAGCUGGCAUGGUUUGCGAGGUAUCUUCUGUCAAUUUUCUUGAAUUUGCACGCAAGGUUGAAAUGGAUGGAAGACAAGGCAUAUCCAGUGUCGAAAAGCGUUCAAAGGUAUUAGUAACACACUUGUUUCACAGAAAAGAUCUAAAACAAGAGAGAAUUCUCCAUGAUGUGAAAAAUAUUCGUUUUGUUCUACCUUUGAGUGUGGAUGCUCUACAAGAAGGGACUUGCAUGAAGAUUAUUGCUGAGCCUCCAAAUGCAAAUCGCUUGGUUUCCUUCAGUGAAAGCUGUCAGCUACAACAUGUUCAUCUCAUAUGGAGCAGCAGUGUUAUCCUAAGCCCAAAUGCCGACCCAGUAAGUCUUACAUACCGACACAAACACCACAAAUACAUCUUGCAAGAGCUACAGUUUCACGAAAUCGCACCAGUGGAAAAAGUGAUGGAGCAUACACGAAAUGUUUGCAGUGCACUGGCUGGCCAAAAGGGACCUGAAAUAUUUGCAACUCUCUCACAAAAGAAGGACGGUCUCCUAGCAAAGAUAAUGAUGGACAUAUACGAAUUUUUAAAUAAGAAUGCAAGAGAAAAAGACAUUAAUUUAUUAAAGAGUCUGCCCAUAAUUUGUGAUAUCGAGAACGAAAAAAUGAUGAGGCCGGAAGUAGUUGUUCUUGAUCUGCGACCUGAAGAGACUAUUGAUGGAGAAAUUGAAAAAGCACCCACAAUGUUUGGACCUUUUUUUGGUUUUUUUCAGAAACUUGAUGUUUCAGCAACUGUUACAGCAAACCAUUAUGCAAAAGUCCUCGUGCGGCUGAAGACUAAGACAAAUGAUAAAAUAUUGAAUGCUCAAGAACUGAACAUCGUGAAAAAGGCAUUAGAAGGUCUUUUUCGAUGUCUGAGAUCUGAAAAAGAAGAAACAAAGAUGAUAUCAGUACCACAGCUCUUCCUGCCAAGUCGCAAUAAACGUCUUGAAAUAUCAACUUCCUUGAUAUUUGUGGACAAACCAGCUUUAGAAGGAAGACUUAAGGAGCCUUUAGCAGACACACAAUUUUUUCUUGGCUUCAGAUCACUUGAGAUGAAUGUUGCACAGCCUCUUGAUGAAAUGAAAUUACUUCCAACUGCUCACCAAAUGAAAUGGAUUUCAAACAUUGUGCGGGAAGUCGUACCAGAUAACUUGAAAAGCAGAGCCUACGAAAGUGAGCAAGCCAAAAGAGUACAAAAUAAGAUAAAUAAUCCUGCUGCUGUUGCUGCUAUUCUUUGGUUGGCGUAUGACAAGCACAUGAAGGAAAAUUCGCAAACGUUUACAAAACAAUCAAAAGAACACAUCACUCAAUGCCUCACACAUAUUACAGUGAAAGAGGUAGAGAAUCUUCACACGGUACUCUACCACAAAGAUGCGAUUAUAGAAGACAGUCGCAAGGAAAGAGCAACAUUUACGGAAAAAACAGACUCCAAACACAGGAAAUACACUACUUAUCUCGACGCAAAAGUUUGUCGCGAUAUGGAAAGGAACGAUCAAGAAAUAUGCCGGGCAUUGUUCUUCGCUGUUCAAUUUGUUCUGAACACUGAGCUUGACAGUUAUUACCUGAUGGAAGUGCUCAAAGACCCCGUUCAAGCUUUGAAACUUUUUGAGGACGAAGGUUUACCUGCGUGUGACUUUUUAAAUGGGCAAGACUACUCGGCAUUUCCCAAAGCAGGUUCUUUCAUUCCAGUUGAAGAUCACUGCUUCUUAGACAACAGUUUCCACCAGUAUACAGUUGGAGAAAUCGUAGGUUUUGAAAUGUACGAUCCUGUCAUUAAAAAAGAUGGCGAAGCUGAUCUAGGAGCAUGCAAUGAUGAAGCAAAUCCCGUAUAUGUCUAUGCUAUUGUGCAAGGAAUAGAGGGCGGCAGCGAGCAGAGCAAAUUGUUUCCUUUUACCCGCAAGUAUCGCAUCUAUCUGGGUCCCGAAAAAGGCGAAGAAGUGGUAUCAGUAAUGCAGAUUUACAAGUUUGUCCGAAAAGAAAAUAUCACUAAAAGCCUUGAUGAGUUCUUAGGGCCAACGGAAACUGAUCAAGAAAAGACUGUGCCAUCUGACAUGAAGGCUGUACUCAGAGAGAUUCGUGAAACUCUUAUAGUGGCCUGGCAGUUGGAGGAUGAAGCAGAUCGCAGAAGAAUAGUAAAGCGAUUGUUUCUCACCUGGCACCCGGAUAAAAACAGAGACAACGAGGACUUCUGUACACGUGUGAUGCAGAUGCUAAAUCACUACGUCCACCGACUGACAAGAGGAGAAAGCAUUAGCCCAGACGAAGAUGAAGAACACAAAGAAAAUUUCGACAGCUCUUUCUACGGAACGGAUUUUUUCAAUUUCUUUAGUUUUAUGAACAAGCGGGCAGCACAACAUCGGGAUUACUACCAGUCCAGAAGAUCUGCACCAGCACCCAACAAACAGCCUGGAGAAGGGCGCCGCUGGUUCCGCCAGGCACAAGCUGACCUGAGGUUCGCCCUGACGACCAGAGAGAGCUUCCAGCAAGGACACAAUUGGAUAUGUUACAACUGUCAUCAGGCGGUAGAAAAAGCCCUGAAAGCCGUGUUGUUUAGCGAAGAUGCGGACAAGGUUCCAGCUUACUCACAUGACAUUGGAUCACUUGCUUUUCUAACCAACGACUCUGAAAUCAUUGGCUGGACGAUGGAAAUCGAGAGCAUUGUGGGUGUCCACACCCGAAUGCGCUACCCUGACUCUUUGACGUACCCAAAAAUUCCAGAUGACUUCUACAGCGAUGAGCAAGCAGGCCAAGUGUGCGGUCUCGCCUCUAGUGUUGUAGAUAAAGUAGAAAGACUUCUUUCAAAAUGAUGAAUUUGUCUGCAUAAAGCAGUGGCCGGUGCACCAGCAUGUCUUCGCUGAGUUUUCUAUUUGCAUUGAUGUACAAAGUCCCAUCCAUGAGCUAGUUGGAACCGUAAGAACUUAUAAACAGGGCUUUGUACAUAACAAUAUCAUAGGUUAACUGUCUCUUUGUCUACAAAAUGUUUUUUUCUGGUCACAGUAUGGGAAAACAUGCUGAGAUACUUGAAAUACUUUUACAACAGGACUGCUGAAAAUAUGUUUGAGGUUUAUUUAAAAGUAGAAAAUGUACAUCUAUCAGAUGAUGGUAUGCAAAUGUUUAUAAACGCAGCUCUGGUGAUGGUGAAUCAAAUGACUUGAAUGGUUUAAAUUGCUGUCAAUGCAGAAUUUCCUUGAAAGGAUAAUUCAAAACUGUAACUAGCUGUGGAGACUGUCAUACGGCAUACAUCGCUAGAGUAAGGUCUUUAUUUGCGAGAAUAUUCAACUAUUUGGAGUCUUAGCAGCUGAUUUAUCUUUGGUGAUUAAUCUGUAAUAGUUUAAAUUUAUUAUGUAUGCAUACAUAUUUAUAUAAACAGUUACUUAUGAUUAUGUUAAUUAACAACCAGAUAGUCAUUCAUUUGCUUAAUGUCACAGUCAACAGAUUUUCUUUGGUUUACAGCCUAACUGUUUUUUAUGUAAAGCUAAAAUUUGUGUGGAUUUCCUGUUUCCUUCCUUACUAAUAUUCGUAAUUUCUUAUUUAUAUUUUAAAUCUCAUCUGUAUGUAUAUAUAUUAUUAACAUCACUAUAUCAAAUUUGUUUCAGAAAUUAUAUUGUAAAAUGUUUCCUCUUAAAAAGCCAGCCGUUUUAUUUAAAUAUAUAAAGUACUAUUUUCUGUUAGAUGUGUGUGGGGCUACAUUUCAGUAGAACCCUUCAUGUUUCAAGAGGCUUGGGCUUCUUAACAUCAACUGUAGUGUCAGUCGUGUGGAUUCAUAUUUAACAAUACAAAUAAAUGAAGAUAAUGAAAUUAUCACUUGCACAUAGAGGCUUUCUUUCUUUCUUCCUGCAAGCCUCUAACUAUAACGUUCACUGUACAAUGCCACAGUGAUGUCAGUGCGAAGGUGGAGGUGGAAGAGAUAAAUAUCAGUCCAGUCCUUAAGGCUACAUCGAUUGCAGGCAUAUGUGUUAACGUGAAAGACAGAAAGACUUGUUUGUACAUAGAUAGACAUAAUGGCUCAGUUAACUGUAAUGUAAGCUUUUAACAUCCAUAUACUAACUGAUCUUUAAAAGCCUUUUUAGCGUUGAAUUUACCUGCUUAUACAUGUAUAUCCAUCUGUGAAGCAAAGUACUGUUGUUUCACAUGUUUUGUGUCUUGGUUAAUUCUUUAAUGUUUUCUGCUUUGGAGGAAUUAAAGAUGGGUACAUGUUUGUUGAAAUAAAAUUCCUACAUUUUAUAUCUGUUUUUUUAUAUCGCUGAUAUCUUGCUGUAUGUCUGUAAACACCUAGUAUGCUGCUACCAUGACAUGUAUAUGCAAAUAAAAAAAAUCAGUAUAAUAUCAAUAAAAGAAUUGACUGUGUAAUCGACAGUAAUGUUAAGAAAAGAUUAGCAAGUAUGCAAUUAUUUAUGUUUUCUGGGAAUUUAAUGACAAGAGCUGCUAUAAAGAGUUUAAGUCAUAUAUUAUAAAUUUGAAUAGUUUCCUUGGAUAUUGUUUGCAUCAAUUUAUGUUUAAGCAAUGUAUAAAAUACUCAUGCAAACUAGUUAUUUAUUUGCAUGAUGUUCACAUUGUCACUUAUUGUUAUGCUUUGUUAAUAGUCAAAGCUUUUAUAUGCUUAUAUCAUACCACAUGAAAGAUUCAAUACUGGUGUCAAAGUCAUUUAUAAAAGUCAUUCACAUUAUAACUAUUACCACAUCCAAGAUUUUUUUUUAGUGCAUUGUUAAUAUAAUUCUUACCUUUUUACUUUGUCAGAAACAUAAAUAAUUGUAUGCAUAAUUUUUCUUUCUGUGCUACACACUAUGUUUUAUCUUACUUGACUAACCAAAUUUGCUCAUGUUUGUGUCAGUAGGAAAAAAUUCUACAAAAACUCAUCAUUUGAUUGCUCAUAUAUUUUGACAACAUUAUUAGAUUUUAAAGUGGCUAUAACUUUAUUUGCAUUGAGGAAUUUCUUAUAUGUUUGCUCGUGCUUUCCUAAAUGGGUUAUUACUAUUUUAACCCUUUCACUUUUUUUUCCAUUAUAUAUUCCUUUUUGGGAAAUAAAUGUAUUUUGAUAUUGUAAUGUUCUAACAUACAUUUCUUGAUUCUGUAAUGCAUAGCAGCCUCCUCUAUGCUAUUUUAAAAUGUAUAGUAACAAUAAAUAUAUGUCUUAGCUAGCAAAAUAAUCAUGCUUUCCAAGAAGCAUGCUGUCAGCUUGAGACAAGUUGGAGACAUGGAAAGCAUACAAAAGAUGGGAGGAGAAACAACUAUGAGGACCAGUAAUUACUAAUAAGAAAAACUAUUACAUAAUUAUCUUCAAUUUAGAUUUUAUUUGUGUUCUAUGAUAUUUUGCAACCAACAGUUAUAUCGAUUAAAACAGUUUUUUAUUCUUGAAUAUGCAAUAUCUUGUCCUCAGCAAGAUUUUAAAUUUAUCUCCUUGGUUACAAAUAGUACUGAGUAAGAUUGUGAGGUUGAAUGUGCACUCGUAUUUGAAUCAAGUAUCUGAAUAGCUAUUCAGAUUUUUAAAAGUAUAAUUUUUUGUUUUGUUAAAGAGCGUGAUAAAUAGUUCAGUUACAUAGACAUUUCUCACGUUCACAUAAAUGUGUUAUGUGUCCUAUGGUGUUCAAAAGGUCAGCAUUGGUACAAUCUUUGUACUUUCAUACAAUUUUUACCAUAACCAUGUGGCCUUACAUUUUUUACAGAUGAUAAAGUAAAUCCCCCAUAUGUUGUGCAGAAUGAUAAUUGUAUACAUUAUUCAAAAAUUAAUGUUUUUCUUUCUUUCACGUCAAAAAAAUCAUUACAAUGUAUUAUUGCAAUAUGUCUGUCUGCAUGUUUUACUGAUUCACCUAAGACCACCAGUAGUUUUUUUAAAAGUUUCAUCUAUUUUAUUUUUUUUUUAGUGAUGAUUUAUUUCUAUUCAGUGUUGAUUUAUUUCUAUUUGUGCAAACUAAUUAAAGUUAUCCUUUAGCGUUUCCUUUAUUUCUAUGAUAAACAAGUUACGCAAUUGAAAUUUCACAGUCUUAUGUAGUACUAGAGCAAUAGUUAAUUAUAUUUUGACAUGAACUAUUACUUUGCUUCUAUUUGUUUACUAUAACUAGUAUUUUUUGUUCUGAAAAAUAUAGCCAUGCUCAUCUUUCAUGGACUGAAAAUAUAUUUUUUUUAAAUAUGUUAAGUCGACAUUAUAAAUGUAUUUAUAUUAUUUUGAUCAUUCAGAUGCGUGUGUUAAAUUGUAUUCUCUUUCUUUAGCAGUAUGCAUCAGAUAUACCUACCUAAAUUUUUUCCAUACAUGUACUUCUUUCAAAUAUUUUCUGUCUCUUCAUAUCAUUAGUUUUCUUUCUCAUGGCAUUGCUGGCACUUAAACUUUGUAUUUUUUAAAUUUUUUACUGACAUAAUUGUAUCUCCGUGUCAGGAUUUGUCAUUAAAUUUUAAUUUUAAAGCAACGCAUAUCUGAAUUACUAAUCAGUUAUUUUUAGAAAACUGUGUUUGGGAAAAAAGAAAUGUUACACUUGAUUCGAGACUGAUAGUCUCUGCUUUGAUUUCUGUUCCAAUGGUUAAUAAGUCUGCUGAUUAAAUACUGCUCAUGUUCAGGAGGAGUUACAAAGGAAAAUGUAGCUCUGCAAAAUAAAUUGUCAAAAUUAAGCCUUUUGGUCUGAUUAAGUAAAACAGUCUAAGAUGAGAUUCUCAUUUUAUCUUUCUUUAUUUGAUCAUUAUAACGCUGUAGAAGAUGAUUUGCUGCUGAUUUGUGCUACCUAAUUAAAGCUUUUGUGUCAUUUUUAUCAUGAUUGUUAUUAUACAGUGCUCUGCAUUAAAUUAAGUAAUAUUUCAUUGAUUGUUGGUGACUAAGAUAUAUUUUGAUCAAUAAAUUCAAUGAUUAUUUCUUACGUACAUUAUUAUUUGACAAAAUAUUAGUGAUUGUUAUUAUUUCCAUUGCAUACAUUUCUUUCUUAAUUAUUUUGCUCGCACAUAUCACAUGCCUUAUGCUUUCCUUCAAAUACAUUUUAUAUCACUUUCUAACGGUUUUUUCUCAGUUUAUUGGUUCAGUUUCACUAAUUUUAUUAAUGCAGCCUAUUGCUUAUUGCGCUCUAGCAUUGCUAUUCUUAAUUUUAGAAAACAAUACAUAUAAAAAUUUUUCCUUUUGAGUGAUGUCCUUUUUCUGAUUUAUAGCAGUUAAAAAAUCCUAAUGAACCAGC